AUGUUGUUCAAUAACUUCAUUGCUCUCUCUGCCCUUACUACCCUUGCUGCCGCUGCUGCCCUCCCGGGUGACAGAGGAAGAGGAUCAAAAGGCUCUGAUGUCAAAUGCUGUCAACAGGUUCGAAAGGCAAGUGACUCUACUGCAGCUGGCAUCCUUAGCCUCCUGGGUGUCAUUGUACAGGACCUCGAUGACUUCAUCAGCCUCAACUGCAGCCCCAUCACUGUCAUCGGAAAUGGAAACAGUCCUUGCUCCAAUGGUGGAAUUGCAGUUACUUGCACUGACAUCAGCUUCAGUAAUUGCAGAUUGCUUGGAGAGUGA